UCUCGUUGGUGAGCACUUGAGCAGGUUUUUUGAUUCUUCAAUUGCAAGGCGGUUCAGGUUUCAGGUGAAAAAUGCCGGAGCAAAAAUUAUCCCAGCUGUCCCUUGAUGGUAUAUAUACAUCUGAAAAAGCUGGUAGCGAUGAAACUGGUGAUGGAACAGAAGGCAAGCCAUUCAAAACAAUUUUGCAAGCAAUGCGCCAUGCUGGCAAGGAGCCUUUUCCGACCAUAUAUCAGGAUGCGAAAACGGAAGGCGAAAAGUAUGAGCCUGCUGCAAAAUCUCAGUUGAAGAAGAUAACAAAGAUUUGGAUGAGGGAGCAGUAUAAAACCGCUGAUCAGCAGAAGAAGUUAGUGGAAGAUGAGGAAAAUAGAUCAAGGAACUUAGAUGAAGCAAAAUCAGUUAUUAUAGUUGAAGACGCCUCUCUUCCAGUGGCAAAACGUGUCAAAAUCAAAGAUGCCACUGCUAACAGGGAUCAACGUGUAAAAAUUUGUGGUUGGGUGCAUCGCUUAAGACGUCAAGGUAAGGCGCUUAUGUUUAUUACCAUGAGAGAUGGGACUGGCUUUUUGCAAUGUGUUUUAAACAACAAAUUGUGCCAAACUUACGACGCUCUCACUUUGAGUACUGAGUCUGCUGUGGAGUUGUUCGGUACUUUGAAAACGGUACCGGAAGGCAAAGUCGCUCCCGGUGGCCAUGAACUUCAUGUUGAUUUCUGGAAACUAAUUGGAUCCGCUCCAGCUGGUGGAGCAGAAACAAUUUUAAACGAGGAGGCCCAGUCAGAUGUACAGCUAGACAAUCGCCACAUCAUGAUACGUGGCGAGAACACGUCACGAGUUUUGAUGAUGAGAUCUGUAUUGACACAGGCAUUCAGAGAUCAUUACAGUGACCGAGGCUACUGUGAGGUAACGCCACCCACAUUAGUCCAGACUCAAGUGGAAGGGGGAUCCACACUUUUUAAACUUGAUUACUUUGGAGAAGAGGCAUUCUUGACGCAAAGUUCUCAGCUUUAUCUUGAAACUUGUUUGCCAGCCAUGGGUGAUGUCUACUGCAUUGCACAGUCUUACAGAGCCGAGCAGUCUAGAACACGUCGACAUCUUGCAGAGUAUACUCAUGUUGAGGCAGAGUGCCCCUUUAUUACAUUUGAUGACCUCCUGGAUCGGCUCGAAGAUUUAAUUUGUGAUGUUGUUGACCGUGUACUAAAAUCACCACUAGGUUCUCUUGUUAAGGAGCUCAAUCCUAAAUUUGAAGUUCCAAAACGACCCUUUAAACGCAUGAACUACACUGAUGCUAUUGAAUACCUGAAAGUAAACAACAUUACCAAAGAAGAUGGUAGUUUUUACGAAUUUGGAGAGGAUAUUCCUGAAAAGCCAGAAAGAGAAAUGACUGAUAAAUUAAACGAACCAAUAAUGCUUUGUCGUUUCCCAACUGAGAUAAAAUCCUUCUAUAUGCAAAAAUGCCCGGAAGAUGUACGUUUGACCGAAUCCGUUGACGUACUCUUACCAAAUGUUGGUGAAAUAGUUGGAGGCUCAAUGCGUAUUUGGGACUAUGAAGAACUCAUGAAGGGGUAUCAGCGAGAAAACAUCGACCCUUCACCUUAUUACUGGUAUACCGAUCAGCGUAAAUACGGAUCCUGUCCUCAUGGUGGUUAUGGAUUAGGAUUAGAGAGAUUUAUUUGUUGGUUAUUGAAUAGGUACCAUAUUCGAGAAGUCUGUCUCUAUCCUCGAUUUUUAGAGCGUUGUCGCCCUUAAUUUACGUUAGGACCUUCAAGUCUGCAGUGAUGUCAGGUCAGCAGUGUGUCAGGUUGUUAUAAAACUGCCAUUUCAUAUUUUGGUCUUAGUAUAAUAUAAGGUCAUAAUAU